AUGAAAGCCAUCAGCCCGGUGCGCUCCGUCCGGAGCUGCUACGAGGCCGUUUGCUGCCUCUCGGAGCAGAGUUUGGCCAUCGCCCGGGGCAGCCACAACAAGAGCCCGGCCUUGGAAGAACCCAUGAACCUGCUCUACGAUAUGAACGACUGCUAUUCGAAAUUGCGGGAGCUGGUGCCGGGGAUCCCUCAAGGCACCAAGGUGAGCCAGGUGGAGAUCCUGCAGCACGUCAUAGACUACAUCUUCGACCUCCAGAUCGUGCUGGAGGAGGGGUCCAAGGGCCGCGACCCCUCUUCCGAGACCACCCUGCUCUCCCUUAAGGCGGCUGAACUCUCCUCAGAACUCUGCGCCAAAGACGAGAGAAGUUUGUGUCAUUAACGCCAC